AUGGCGGCGGCGGCGCGGGAAGAGAAGCAGAAGCAGGCGUAUGAAGGAAUGGGAGCGGGAGGCAAGUUUCGGAAGACGCCGUUUCGAAGGACCUCCCAUUCGACGCCAUACGAUCGGCCGCCCACGUCACUGCGAAACCCUAGCACCGCCAACGAUGGCUGGCUCUCGAAGCUCGUCGAUCCGGCUCAGCGGCUCAUCUCCUACAGCGCCCACCGCCUUUUUUCCUCCGUCUUUCGCAAGCGCCUUCCACCGCCUCAGUCGCCUUCGACAGGGGUAAAUCAUGAAGUAAGGAUCAAGGGCAAAGAAGAUGUUACCAUGUGUCCUCCUGGAGUGCAAAAAGGCACAGUUGAUCAAAGUGCUGGUCCAAGUACUACUGCUGAUGGAGGCGAGUUCACUGAGCUUAAACAAAUUUUAGAGCAAAAAACUUUUACCAGAUCUGAAAUUGAUCGAUUGACAGCGUUAUUGCAUUCAAGAACUGUUGAUAUACCAAUUGAGAAUCAAGAGAAAAGGUCAGAAGUGGUGCCUUCAAAGCCAGUGGUUUCUCAUGACAGAAAGGAGGAAUUUCUUAGAACUCCAGUGCAAGACAAAAAUGGGAUUGAGAGCUGUCUUGUUUCAAACCCUGUUGUCAAUACAAGUGUCCUUCAUGAAGAUGUUGCUUCACCUGCAGAGCUCGCAAAAGCAUACAUGGGCAGUAGGCCUUCAAAAGUAUCCCCAUCAAUGUUAGGUUUACGAGGUCAAGCACACCAUGAAGAUUCACCUAUUUUGAGCAGUCUACCAAUUCAGUCAAAAUCGCCAAUGAUGUCACUUGUGCCAUGGACUUCUGGCAAUGGGGGGGGCUCAAGAAAAUGGUUUUGUGACCCCUAG